CAGAUCAACUGGUCUUUCCAGUUCCUUCAGCUUUCCCCUUCAAGCAACAGGGUGGGCAUUCCCCCUCAACCCGUUCGUAGUAGUCCAUCGAGUCAGAAUGGAGACUCUCACAGCCUCUGCGCUGCGCGUCCCCGCGCUCUCCCCGGCGCCAUCGCAUGAGAUCAGCUCGCGCGCGUUCCUUGCUGGUCACCCUGUCGCCGCCCCCGUCGUUCGCUCUCGCAUCGCCGCUAAAGCCGCCGCAUUGCGCGGGCUGAGCGUGCGCGCGGAGAGCGGCGCGACGGAGACGGAGGGGUCUGCGACGGGUGCGGCGGGCGAGGGCAAGGCGCUGAACCGAUGGAGCUCGCGCAUCACCCAGCCCAAGUCGCAGGGCGCGUCGCAGGCGAUGCUGUACGGCGUGGGGCUCACCGAGGCCGACAUGCACAAGGCGCAGAUCGGCAUCUCGUCGGUGUGGUACGAGGGCAACACGUGCAACAUGCACCUGCUGCAGCUGGCGGAGGCGGUGAAGGAGGGCGUGACCGAGGCGGGGCUGGUGGGGUUCCGGUUCAACACGAUCGGCGUGAGCGACGGCAUCUCCAUGGGCACGGACGGCAUGAGCUACAGCCUGCAGUCCAGGGACCUCAUCGCCGACAGCAUCGAGACCGUCAUGGCCGCGCAGUGGUACGACGCCAACAUCUCCAUCCCCGGCUGCGAUAAAAACAUGCCCGGCACGGUGAUGGCCAUGGCGAGGCUCAACCGACCAGCCAUCAUGAUCUAUGGCGGCACCAUCAAGCCGGGGCAUUUCGAGGGAGCCACUCUCGACAUCGUCAACGCCUUCCAGAGCUACGGCGAGUACGUGGCGGGGCGCAUAACGGAGGAGCAGCGGCAGCAGGUGGUGCGGUACUCGUGUCCGGGGCAGGGCGCGUGCGGCGGCAUGUACACCGCCAACACCAUGGCGUCCGCCAUCGAGGCGCUGGGGCUCACGCUGCCCUACAGUUCGUCCAUCCCGGCGGAGGAUCCGCUGAAGAUGGACGAGUGCCGGCUGGCGGGCAAGGCCAUCCGCCACCUGCUGGAGCUGGACCUGAGGCCGCGGGACAUCAUCACACGCAAGGCGCUGGAGAACGCCAUCACCACCGUCAUCGCCCUGGGGGGCUCCACCAACGCCGUGCUGCACCUCAUCGCCAUCGCCAGGGCGGUGGAUGUGACUCUGACCCUCGACGACUUCCAGGUCAUCAGCGACCGCGUGCCGUUCAUCGCUGACCUCAAGCCCAGCGGCAAAUACGUCAUGGAGGACGUGCACAAGAUCGGCGGCACGCCAGCGGUGCUCAAGUACCUGCUGGAGAAGGGGCUGCUGCACGGCGACUGCAUGACCGUGACGGGGAAGACCCUCGCAGAGAACCUCGCCUCCGUGCCGCCCCUCUCCCCCACCCAGGAUGUCAUUCGCCCAGUAGAAGAGCCCAUCAAGCAGACCGGCCACUUGCAGAUUCUGUACGGCAAUCUGGCACCUGAGGGGUCGGUGGCUAAGAUCACGGGCAAGGAGGGGCUCUACUUCCAAGGGCCAGCGCUGGUGUUUGAGGGCGAGGAGGCGAUGCUGGAGGCGCUGUCAGCCGACCCCAACAGCUUCAAGGGCACGGUGGUGGUGAUCCGAGGCGAGGGCCCCAAGGGCGGGCCGGGCAUGCCGGAGAUGCUCACACCCACCUCCGCCAUCAUGGGCGCGGGGCUGGGGAAGGAGGUGGCUCUGCUGACGGACGGUCGUUUCUCCGGUGGCUCCCACGGCUUCGUGGUCGGCCACAUCUGCCCCGAGGCCCAGGUGGGCGGGCCCAUCGGGCUGGUGCAGAGCGGGGACGUGAUCACGAUCGACGUGGAGAAGCGCGCCAUGGACAUGGCGGUGAGCGAGGACGAGCUGCAGCGCCGCCGCGCCAACUGGGUGGCGCCGCCGCUCAAGGCCACGCGGGGGACCCUCUACAAGUACAUCAAGACGGUCAAGUCGGCCUCUGAGGGCUGCGUCACUGACGAGUAGAUGCACACCUGCUUGCUCGCUGUUCCUGCCAGCUAGACCAGUACGGGCCAGUGGGGGAAUUUGAGUUGUGGGGUGGCAUGGUUCAGAAAGGCCUUGGUGUAGAUGCAACUUGGGGACAGACAAGUGUGACAGACAAGAUUGUGUCAAUUAUAGUGUGCGUUUUUGAGUACACAACUGGUACCUUUCUACAUGGGGACAGGUGUUUGGGCUGUACCUAGAUUUAUACUAAACCAGC